CUUUGCCCUAGCUAGGUAGAGAGCGAAGAACUGAGUUAGGGUUUCUUCUACCUAGAGCGAUCCAAUGCGGCGAGCGGCGGGGGCGCUGCGCGGGGCGUGGGCGAUUCUCGCGCGACAGGAGGAGCGAGCAGCGCCUCUAGCGACUCGAUUCUUGUCGCAGGUCGCGAGUGUCAACAGAUCGCCUCUUGUUCGUCCGGCACUCCUUUUCUCUCGCCGGGAUGCGAGGGAUUUCGCUGAUAAAGCCAAGGAGGAUUUGCCUCCUCUACCUCCUCCUGUGAAGAUGCCGAAACUCUUGAGUGGUGUUCAUGGCAACUACGCUGCUUCCUUGUAUGUGACCGCUGUGAGGGCCGAGGCUACCGACCAAGUGGACUCUGAAAUGCGGGCGAUCGCAGCCGCGGUCGCGCAGUCCCCCGAGUUUCAAGCUUUCGCGGAGGAUAUCUUCAUGAAGAGGGAAGACCGCAUUGAGACCGUGAAGAAAGUCUUUGGUGACUCCAAUCUACAUACGAUUACCAUGAACUUUCUAACAAUCUUAGCUGAGGAUGGCCAGUUCAAACUCUUUCCAAGGAUCGCGAAAUCGUUUGCCGAGGUGAUGGACGCUCACAGGGGGCGUAUACGCACGCUUAUCACCACAGCAGAUGAGCCCUCAUCCUCCGAUUUGGAUUAUAUAAAGAAGAAUGUGGUGGACACGAUGCUAGAGCCUGGACAAACUGCGAUCAUUGAGACAAAGAUCAACGAGGACAUCAUAGGGGGCUGUAUCGUGGAGGUCGGGGACAAGCUCGUGGACAUGUCCAUCGGCAAGAGAAUAGUGCAGAUCGAAAAGGUUUUGCUCGAGUCCCUCUCGCAAAUGGAUGCGUGAGGUGGGAUCAAGAACUCGAAGAGACUCUUGGAAUAAUUUAGCAAAAAGCGAAAGGUGUGUGACAAUAAGCUGAUAUUGAUGACAACCACGGUGGUGUUGCAGACCAAGCGUAAAUCUCAUGUACAAGUAUCAGAAAAGAGGACCGAUUGCUACU